AUGGCAGCCAGAGGUGGUAAAGUCCAGAAGGUGAUGGUUCAACCCAUCAAUUUGAUUUUCCGAUAUUUGCAAAAUCGAUCGCGCAUACAGAUAUGGCUCUAUGAGGAUAUCACUCACAGGAUCGAAGGAUAUAUCAUUGGUUUUGAUGAAUAUAUGAAUGUCGUGCUUGAUGAAGCAGAAGAAGUAAAUAUGAAGACGAAGAAUCGCAAUAAGGUUGGUCGAAUCAUGUUGAAAGGUGACAAUAUCACAUUGAUCCAAAGCAUUGGUUGA